CCUUCUCUGGCCUCACGAAAGCAGAAGCAGAAGCAGAAGAGAAAAACAACCUGCUCGCUUUGCGUGCCUUGGCCACCAUAACAACACGUCCCCUCGAUAAACACCAAAGAAUUCUCAACUUUUCUGGCCAUUCUUCUCAUCUCUUCCAGUUCUGUCAACUGCGUUGUAGCGUUAUCAGGUAAUCUCUUGUGUGGAUAUCUCAUCCUUCCAUUUCGCGCCCUCUUGUCAACACUUUACCUCGACCUAUCCUGACGUGAGGGAUCAACAUCACAACAACAACCGUUUACUUUCGUCUUGACAACCACCUCCACACAUACUGCGAAACAACAACUGCCACCCCUCCUCCCACUGUUGCCCCACCAACUUCAUCAGCAACAUCUCUCUGGUCCUUUUUGGCUAUGGAGGAUUCUUCUGGAUCCCGUUCGCCUUUGCCUCAUGGCCCCAAUUCCUCUGGACAUUCUCAGACUGUACGCUCUAGGUCCCGUUCGAUUGCCUCCAACUCAAGCACUCCCCAUCCUAAUGCUCAUCCCCGGAUUGCCUCUGGGAUGCCACAAUACAACCAGGAGCCGUACAACAGCGAGAACCAUCCAAUGACCCACCCAUCUCUGCUUGUCAUGACCCACAACCAGAUAACUGAAAUACAACCCCCCAUUGGCACCUCCCUCGAGGUCUCUCCACAGACAAACACUGCCUUUCCGAUCGAUCCAGCUCUUGGAGGAAGCCCCCCGGAACAGGCCCCCCUGCCUGAGCUUAGAUCCCCAACCACUCCGGUCUCAGAAAUUCCAAACUUUAGCCAGGAUCGUGUGCCCAAGGAUGAAGAGAGCCGUGAGUUUGAUUCUGGGAUGAUUGUUGACGAGGAAGAAGAGAAUGCAGGUCCCUCGUCUGGGAGGAAUUCAAAACGGGGGUCUGCGAUCGUUGAGGACAGUGAUGCCGAACUUCGUCGGCUAGCUGAGGAAAACAAAACAGUCCCAUUGGAUGAGCUCGCUAGGAGGGUCAGAAAUGAUGAGAACACACCGUCCGCCGAAAAGACAAGGCAGGUUUACGGCCUGGGAUGGUAUGUUUCCCCUUGCCCACUCCGCGUCGCCGUCCCUCGCAAUCGUGUAUAUGCCCGCUACGUUGGUAUCUGUGCUAAUGAACGCAUUAAACCUUUGAACCCUGCGUCUUUUGGAAAGCUGGUCCGUCUCAUGUUUCCUGAAAUAAAGACACGCAGACUUGGAGUCCGUGGACAAUCCAAAUACCAUUACUGUGGUAUUCGCCUCGCAGGCGAGCAGUCAUCCCCCAAAGUGUUGCAAGGUUCAGGUUCCGCCUCAGGAUCGGAACCACCCGCGCAAGCGGCUGGGGAUGAUCAUCUGCAAGUCUUCAACCCUUCUGCUCCUUUGCUGUCUAAGUUACUGACAGAUAGCAGAAUGAGUAACGGCUCGGCUCCGCCCUUCACAUUUCUAUCAAUGAAAUUGUCAUCAUUCCUGCAAAACGAGUUAUACUUCUCCCGUAAUGAAGCAGAUAACCUAUCAUCAAAUGAAAUCCUUAAACUCCCCGACAUAGACCUAUACGCACCGCCCGGAACAGACCCUGACAUAUCAGCUACUCUCACAGCUAUCUACAGAUCUCAUUGUACCUCGCUCAUAGAAUGUGUUCGAUAUAUGCGGCUAAAACAGUUUCAUCAGCUUUUCAUUUCCUUUCACGGCACACUGACCACUCCUGUCCAAAAGCUCCUAGGCGAACCCUCGAUUGCUUCCUGGAUUCGAGAGUCUGACUGGGUCAUGUACAAGGAAAUGAUAAGACUGCUUUCACCAUUAGCAUUGCAAGUGGUGCCUCCAUUCGUUGUGACUGCUCUUCGACAUCUUUCUACAAACCUAACGUCCCACAUCUCGAUGACAUUUGCUGUCCAACCCCAGCAUGUCAUCGAUGCAAAGAUCGUGCCAUCUAGCAUAUUUUCCAGUCUCUUAGACCGAUUGCUGCGCGUAAACGACGCCGCGCACGCAGCAGCUAGGUUUCUCGGAAAUCCUCCCGAUAGAGAGCAAAUGGUCAAAGACUGGAAAGACUAUGUCAACGCACAAACAAUCGUGGACCGUGAAUUGCCCUGUGGCUCUGCAACAGUGAGAGAAAUCUUGCAAACUGAGGUUAUCACCCUAUUACAGCCACCUUCGACAUCUGUGAAUGGAAUCCCCGAAGUAGAAGAUGGCUCAGCAUCCACGGAAAGUGUCCUAGACCGGUGGACACAAUUCCUAACUUACCUCCCUCACCGAUUCCCGGGAACAGACCCACGACUUUUCAACUUGUGCCUUGGUGCCGCAGCAUCUGCGGCCCUACGGGAUUUAACAACCAAUGGUGCUGUAUCAUUCGGCAGCUGGUGGGUCGUCCGUUGCUGGGUAGACGAAUGGAUGGGGUGGCUGGCCGAGCGAGGCGGAUUCCUUCGCCAUUCUUCGGAAUCAUCGAUACACAUUGGUGGCGGUCAUGUAGGUGCUGAGGAGGAACGUGUCUCUGUCGAGGCGGACUUGAUCGAUAAUGGGGACGAGCUUGGUCACGAUGAUAGUGGUAUAUCUUUACGAGGAGGGGAGGAACCAAUACAUCUUCUGGAUGAGGUAGGGGAUGAUCGGGAUAAUAGGAUGGUCACUAUCAAGUUUAGCAAGUAAUAGUCACGGUAUACUCGCCUUGGUGGUGUUCCUUUCCUUAUGAUACCUUCUGAUCGAUUUAUUUGCUUUCGGCUUUAUAUAUCUUUAAUUGUUGAAUUUUUGUUGUCGUGUUUUGUUUAUUUUCUCUUUCUUUCGUAUGGUAGCUACUGAAGGGUCUGGAAGCAAGUCCCCCUCCUGACCGAAUUAUUCAUUUUUAAUGAAGGCGUGAUGAUCGGUUACUUUCUUGUAUAUAUCGGGUUAAAAUGUUUUUUUUUUCUAUUCCUUUUUUCCUUUUUCUUUCUUUUACUACAGUGAAAGGGUGUUUUUUUGAGGUUUUUUUUUAUUCUUGCUUAAUUUCCUUUUUUGCGCAUCAUCGUUUCAUUUUUAUCACUGGCUAUUUCUUUCUCCUGCUCCUUCAGCUUUCUUCGGUUCUUUCCUUUUUUAUAAA